CGGAUAACCCUGCAUCACUAUCACGGCUGACUGACGGCUAACUUGCAACAACUUGGAGCUUUGUCGUCACAUCCGCUUGCUCGCCAAAGAACCCCGCUACGCCUUUUCCUUACCACUAUGCUGUGGCCAGCAAAGAGCGCUGAAGUACCUGCUGGCUAGUGAACCUCGAAUUACGAAAACCCUUCCAAUACCAUCACUCACAUAGGCUGUUAUCAUCGUCCGAAAGAACGAAAAAAACAAAAACGAAAAAAACCCUUGGAGCAAACUUGAGCCACGGAGACUCGCCAGAAAAACACCACCGUUUAUGCGGCUUGGUCGCCGUAAUGAAGACAAUGUCGGAUAUCAGGGUAUUUGUCACGUUCCCGGAAUCGGCCGUCGUUUUUGCCGGCGAGAAACUCGAAUGCAAGAUCACCUUUAAGAAUGUUUCCCCUCAGCCUGGUUCACGGGGACCGCACAUGCCACUGCACGGCUCACCGAAGGCGAAUGGGGGGUUCGCCUUGGGCGCGAACGGGAGUGCGUUGGGGGGUAAAGCGGCCCCGUUACAACUACCCGCCACUGGGAAUAAUAGAUCUACUACUACGAGUCCGAGGAUUCCCUCUGCUAGACCUGUCUCUCAUCACAAACCUUCGUUAUCGCUGAGUGUCCCUGCCGCAAAGCCCCCUGUUUCCCCGGUUUCCGCGGCGAGUAAUGGGAAGGGACACAAACAUCGGAGAUCGAUAUCUAUUGUCUCUUUGGGAUCCGAUGUUGGGAUUGAGGGUGGUGGACGUGGGCAGGGGGAGGAGGGGGUCAGGUCUCCUUCGCUGGUACAGGGGAGACAGGGGCGGGGAGGUCACUCACGAUCCACCUCGCUGCAAACAAUGCCUAGGCGUUCCCCUGGCCUGGCUAACGGGUCCGCCCCAAACUCAGCUACUAUGUCUCCUCCUCCGCCUCGUAAUAACACCCAACCGUCUACGCCAAUGAUCGUCGAAUCGGAAAGCGUCAACAACUCCUCCUUUCCCGGGCUAACGUCAGCGAGCCCGCGAACACCAGGAGGUGCAAAGCCACUGCCCAAACUAGCCAACAAAACAUUCAAGUUUCCUCCCGACCCACCGAGUACCCCUACGAUUACUACUGAUAGUCUACACGUCGAUGAGCCCUCUUCGCAUAACCCACAACUUGUUCGGAAGAUAUCGCAAAUCGACCUCAGAAGUCCCGUGGAUGAGCCGGAUUAUGAGAGGUUACAGAGCCGGGUGAUAUCCGCUCAUAGCGUUAAUGGGGAAACACCACGGUCGAGCGGGGAAUUCUAUUCUCUAUCAAAUAGCACAACGGAGACGUUGGUAUCGGAAUAUGACCCCCGAGCAGCGGUGCGCCCAGUGCGUUCCACCCAUAACAGGCGUCACAGCCUACUAGCCGUUGGCCCACGCUCUCCAGAGUCUUUGAUGAUGGGAUAUGCGCAGGUGCAGGGGAGCUUCAUUCUGGACGGGUCGCUGAUACAAACUAGUAUAUUUGACGAGGUGAAGCGGAAAGGGGUUGUUGGAGGGCAAAUGGGAGGGGGGGUUGUGGGAUUGGAGACCAAUAAGGCUGAUGGGGGAUUUCUCAGUGGGUUUGGAUGGGGGGGGAUUGGCGGGGGUAUUACAGGGCUUUUGGGAGGGAACAAUAUGAGUUCUAUUGCAGAGAUGAAGAACAUCGCGAAUUCGAGAUCAAUACCCAUACUCUCGACCCCACAAUCGAUUCUCUUCGUCGAUUUACGGCUGAACCCGGGGGAGAGCAAGUCUUAUACUUAUAGCUUUCCUUUACCUAAAGGCCUCCCUCCUACGCAUCGGGGGAAGGCUAUCAAGGUUGUUUAUAACUUGGUUAUCGGGACACAAAGACCUGGGAAAGGGGUUCAACAACCCAAAGUUGUUGAGAUCCCUUUUAGGGUCUUUCCCCAUGUUCAUGCCGACGGGUCCUUGUUGACGCACGACUUAAUGUCCCCAAUUGUUCUUCUCAGAGAUGAAGCUACGACAGCGUGUGUAGACGAUCAGACAUUAACGCCCCCCGCAAUCCCGUCACCAUCGAAGAAAGCUGCCCAGCAGGAAUCCUCCUUAGAAGACUUUCUCUCCUACGUGGAUAGUCUACUAGCACCUAAAGAUGGAACAUUAACACCAAAUCCCCUGGGCACCCUCUCACCCUCAAUCCCAACAUCCUCCAAACGUUUCCCAAUGGUGGAGGAACCACACAUCACUAGCUCCAAAGACGCUAUAGAAAUGGCCAUCCUGCGAGGCCCGGGCAGGUCAUCCGACGGCCACUGCAGCAUUUUCGAAAUCGCUCGUAACGGGCGAAAAGUAGCAACACUAACGCUCGCACGGCCAGCAUACAAACUUGGCGAGACAAUAACCGCUGUCGUAGACUUUUCCAAUGCGAGGAUUCCUUGCUACCAUAUAACCGCAGCCCUCGAGACUUCCGAAACUGUAACCCCCUCCGUCGCCCUCCGCAGCGCAUCCAGCAUCUACCGCGCCACGCGAAAACUCCACUUUCAGCGCUCCCAGUCCACUCUCUUCUCAAAACGCGUAGUAUUCACCCCCACAAUACCCACCUCCGCCACCCCCGAAUUCUCCACCUCGGGCGUAUCCUGCGCAUGGGCUCUCCGGCUGGAAUUCGUCACUCCAGCUCAAUCGCUAACUGCCGCUGGGAGCGGCGGCGGCAUAGAUGGAGCGGUUGUCACGAUGGAAGAGCUGCUAGAGCAAACGCACGCUGACGACCGCGGGGAGCUAUUCGAAGCUAAGCAGAACGUCUUCGUCGAGAGCUUCGAUGCAAGUAUUCCUGUAAGGGUGUACCCAAAUGCAGCCGCUGCCGGGGAAGGGAUUGGCAAUGGAGGUGGAGGAGGUGCUGCUGGGGGGCAGACUGUCGCAGCAGCGGUUUUGGGAUAUGCGGUUUGAGUCUGAGUUGGGGAGAUCUCUUUUGUUGGCAUAUCUAUCUAUUUAUUUUUGCGUUAUUGAUCGCUUUGCUUGCUUGGUUUAAUGGCUGUUAUUGUUUAUUCUUGGGAGUUUAGUAUCAUAGGAGGGUGCAUGAGUACGGUUACGUGGUGGGUAUGGCUGGAUGGUUACGCGCAUAGGGGUCCAUCGGUGGAGGGGUUAUUAUUUAGAUGGUUGGUCUUGUGAACAGGAAGGAGGGAAGGAGGGAAACACUAAAGGAAAGGGCGUAUCAUAAACCAUAAUGCCCGGUUUUUUUCUUUUUUCUUUUCCUCCCUCUUACGAUAAACUUCUCUAUUUAUUACUUUUUUAUAGGAGGGUGGUUAGAUGUACCGGUAUGCAGCGGAACAUGCAUACGACAGAGCGGCAGAUUAGAGAGCUCGUGCACUAAUAUCGAUCCUUAAAACUAUGCCGCCGUUGGAACACCGCUACUGUACUAAUAGUAUGCUACGGUAUCUACCAAAGUCUGGGAAUUAACGACAAAACUCAAGGUCGCUCAAGGGCCAACUUUAAUGGCGGAGGGUAGCCGCAGGCAAACACCCACCCGGGGGGGGGAUCCCCUACGGCAACGCGCGCUCCUCGGAGUUGCCAAUGGAAAUUAAAAGGAAAUAUGUUAUCAACCAAGUCCCACAAAAAAUCCGUAUGCAGAAAAUCGAGUGUGUUCCGGGAGGCCGUUUCGGGCGGUCAAACCAUUCCAAACCCCCCAUCCCCCAUGGAAAGAAAGCUAUUUUCAGGACCUGCUUUUCUUAAUUUUCUGGCAUUUCCUAAGAAGCAAUUUUUAAUAUCUUAUUCCAUUAGGCUUAUUCGAUCGUUACGGUGAAGCGAGAACCUCAAACUUAUACCUACGAUGUAAUAUCAUUGACCAAGCCGUGUAUCGUAGGCUAUAUAUGUAUGUAUGGAUGUAUGUAUGAAUCGAUAUUUUUAAACUUG